AUGCUGGAACUACAGCCAAACCAGGCACACCUGAUGCUGGAACUACAGCCAAACCAGGCACACCUGAUGCUGGAACUACCGCCAAACCAGGCACACCAGAUGCUGGAACUACAGCCAAACCAGGCACACCUGAUGCUGGAACUACAGCCAAACCAGGCACACCUGAUGCUGGAACUACAGCCAAACCAGGCACACCUGAUGCUGGAACUACAGCCAAACCAGGCACACCUGAUGCUGGAACUACAGCCAAACCAGGCACACCUGAUGCUGGAACUACAGCCAAACCAGGCACACCUGAUGCUGGAACUACCGCCAAACCAGGCACACCUGAUGCUGGAACUACAGCCAAACCAGGCACACCUGAUGCUGGAACUACAGCCAAACCAGGCACACCUGAUGCUGGAACUACAGCCAAACCAGGCACACCUGAUGCUGGAACUACAGCCAAACCAGGCACACCUGAUGCUGGAACUACAGCCAAACCAGGCACACCUGAUGCUGGAACUACAGCCAAACCAGGCACACCUGAUGCUGGAACUAGCCAACCAGCACACCAUGCGGAUACAGCCAAACCAGGCACACCUGAUGCUGGAACUACCAGCCAAACCAGGCACACCUGAUGCUGGAACUACCGCCAAACCAGGCACACCUGAUGCUGGAACUACCGCCAAGCCAGGCACACCUGAUGCUGGAACUACAGCCAAACCAGGCACACCUGAUGCUGGAACUACCGCCAAACCAGGCACACCUGAUGCUGGAACUACCGCCAACCAGGACACCUGA